GUCAAGAGAAAUCCAAAGCUUACAUUAAUUCUUGACUUAGAAGUGCAUUGGAGUGCUUCCUCUGUAUUGUGUGAUGACAAGACUUCACCAAGUGACAAGAAUUAGUGAAGCCGAAAGAGUACCAGGAAGCAGUCUUCCAUUGAAUCAAAGAAUUUUAGUCCAACGGAGAAACAGAUGGAGAUGUUCCCCACUUGUAGCCUGCUUGCCUCAUCACCACACAAAAUGGGAAAGAAACAGAAUGGCAAAGGUAAAAAAGUUGAAGAGGCAGAGCCUGAAGAGUUUGUUGUGGAGAAAGUCCUGGACAGACGUGUUGUAAAUGGAAAGGUGGAAUACUACUUGAAGUGGAAAGGAUUUACAGAUGCUGACAACACAUGGGAACCUGAAGAAAACUUAGAUUGUCCAGAGUUAAUCGAAGCUUUUCUGAACUCUCAGAAAGCUGGUAAAGAAAAAACAGAUGGUGCCAAAAGAAAAGCUUUGUCAGAUAGCGAAUCUGAUGAUAGUAAAUCAAAGAAAAAGCGUGAUUCUGUUGAUAAACCAAGAGGGUUUGCAAGGGGUCUUGAUCCUGAGAGAAUAAUUGGGGCUACAGAUAGCAGUGGGGAGCUUAUGUUCCUCAUGAAAUGGAAAGAUUCUGAUGAGGCAGAUCUGGUGCUGGCCAAAGAAGCUAAUGUGAAGUGUCCUCAGAUCGUAAUCGCUUUUUAUGAAGAGCGACUAACUUGGCACUCGUGCCCAGAAGAUGAAGCACAAUAAUUGUUUGUGUUGAUGGUUUUUUUUUAUAUAUAUGAAUAUUAAAACCUGAAAUUCGAUUUAUUAGCAAUGUGAGAAGCAUAUGUUCUAAUGAAUCAAAUUUGAUAUUUUUUUGAAGUAGUAUGUUUUGCAUCAACAGCAAGUAAAUAAAAGCUUUCUGCAGUUUGUUUCCUUUAUCACAUUUGAUACUACUACUUCCUCCAUAUUAGGUAAAAGCUUUUAUAAAACAUUCAUAAACUUCUGUAGUUACUACAAAAUCAUAAUGAAUGUCUUAACAAACUCACAGAUGUUUUUUUUUUGUCUUCUGUACUAUUGAUGUGCAUGUAUCUUCUUUACUCAAACCUAGCUCUUUAAACCUGUAGAAUCAUUCUUUUUAGUAUUUGGGAUCACUUGGUCUUCUUGAGACCAAGUGAAAACUAACUUUGUAGUAAUUUGAAUGUUAUCAGACUGUAUAUUGUUUACUUUAUUGUAAAUACUGGUGAACAGUGGUCAAUAAAAUAGUUUUAUAUACUUCCUUUA